AUGGACGAGGAACGCAAGCAGCAGUUAAUCAACCGUCGGACGGCCCUCAUGACCUCGCUAGGAAGAGCUGAACAGUUCGCAUCGAAAUACCAAGCCAAUCGAGACCAAGCCCAACUGCCACUUCGAAUCGAGAACCUAGAUAGCAUGUGGAUGGGACUGGAGGAAGUACAGACGCAGUUAGAGGAGUGUGAAACCACCGAUGAAGGUAGGGAACAGAACAACCAAACCCGUGCCAAGUUCGAAUCCAUUUUCUUCAAAGUAAAGGCUGCUCUACGAUCCCUAUUACCCGCCAAUAAUACCCAAAAUCCAAGCGCAAUCCCUAACCCUGCUGCAAAUGCACUAGCUGGCAUCAAGCUCCCCACCAUUUCGUUGCCAGAGUUCGAUGGCGAUUAUAAUCAAUGGCUGGCUUUCCAUGAUACCUUUGUCGCCCUCAUUCACUCCAAUGUUGAUGUUCCCGAAGUUCAAAAGUUUCAUUAUCUCCGUGCCGCUUUGAAGGGAGAAGCCGCCCAGUUAAUUGAAUCAAUUGCAAUUAGCACUGCCAACUAUAUCGUUGCUUGGCAAGCAUUGACUUCGCGCUACGCAAACGACUACUUGCUCAAAAAACGUCAUUUGCAAGCACUACUAGAUUGCCCCCGCAUGAUGAGAGAAUCUGCAGAAGCAUUGCAUAGUCUGGUUGAUGAAUUCCAACGCCAUACCAAAAUUCUUCGUCAACUUGGAGAGCCCGUCGACCAAUGGAGCACGAUGCUCGAACACUUGCUUUGCAUUCGCCUUGACGAUGGGACCCUCAAGGCAUGGGAAAAUUUCGCUACCACCGUCGAUGAACCGAAUUACGCUCGCCUCGUCGAUUUUCUACAACGUAGAAUUCGAGUUCUUGAGUCGAUGUCCGUCAACCACCAGUCGCACAAUUCGCCAAUGCCAGUAAGCCAUUUCCCCUCCAAUCGCAGACCGUUUUUCCCAAGAGUUGCCUCCCACACUGUCGCUGAAGAACAACAGCCUAAAUGCUAUGCCUGUAGCCAGUAUCAUUUUCUCGUCAAAUGCCCUCGAUUUGAAAGAAUGAACGUUGCAGACCGUAUGAAACUGAUCGAUACUAAUCGCCUUUGCGCGAAUUGUUUCCGCCACGAUCACUUUGCUCGAAACUGUCAGUCCAAAUACUCCUGUCGACACUGCCAAAGAAGACAUCAUACCAUGCUGCACAAUGUCAACAGCUUCAAUGAAUCAUCCUUUCAACCACCUGCACAACGCCCCGCCAAUCAAACUACUCAUCAAGCCAGACCGUCAUCGAGUCAAAACAAUACUCCAUUCACAACGACUACCUACACAUGCGCCAAUUCCUCUUCUCAAAGUAGCAACCCAUCACCGUUAUCAAACUCAAAUGUGCUACUUUCCACCGUCGUGCUGCUAGUCGUCGAUUCAAAUGGAUCCACUCACCCUGCACGCGCCCUGCUAGAUAGCGGCUCUCAAUCCAACAUAAUGAGCGAGAGAUUGUGUCAGCUACUGAAGCUAAAACGACGAGCAGUGAAUAUUCCUGUUCAUGGUGUGGGAGAAUCAGCUUCCAAUAAUUGGCGUAUACCACAAGAUUUAUUCUUGGCCGAUCCCAGCUUCAAUAAAUCUGGAGCAAUUGACUUGCUACUAGGUGCGGAACAUUUCUAUUCCUUCGUCAACCCUGGUACGAGAAUUGAGCAAGAUCAGCAGCAUUUGCUUGUCGAAAGUGUUUUUGGAUGGAUUGUCGUUGGUAGAAACCUAAUUUCACCCGUCGUUGAACCCGUUGCCUGUCACGUGUCCGUAUCAGAUCCCCUCCAUGAUGCAAUUGAGCGCUUCUGGAAAAUGGAAGAGAUCAAUAACAAACCAAACUAUUCCGUCGAAGAACAGCAAUGCGAGACACAUUUCGUAGAGAAUGUUACCCGAAAUUCUGAAGGAAGAUAUAUGGUGCGUCUUCCACGCCAUCCCGAUUUCGAUCACAUGCUGGGUGAUACGAAAGCUGUUGCCAUGCGCCAAUAUCAUUCCCUGGAGAAACGCUUGGAGCGCGAUCCGAACUUGAAGCAGGAAUACCAAAAUUUUCUCGCCGAGUAUCUAUCGUUAGGCCACCUUCGAAUCAUUUCUGCGAAUGAACCCGAGCCGCCACAGGUCUCCUACAUUCCGCACCAUCCCGUCGUGAAGGAGUCAAGCAUCACCACAAAAGUCCGUGUGGUAUUUAAUGGAUCGGUACACUACACUACCGGAUUUUCCCUGAUCGACACCCUACAAGUUGGUCCAGUAGUGCAAGACGAAUUGCUCACCUUAAUUCUUCGUUUUCGCAAGUACCCUAUUGCACUCGUCGCUGACAUCGAGAAAAUGUACCGUCAGGUACUGGUCGACCCAAGAGACACCCCUCUGCAAAGAAUAUUUUGGCGUUUUCAACCCGAUGGCCCCAUCGAAACGUGCGAAUUGUUAACCGUAACGUACGGUUUGGCGUCUUCGUCUUUUCUUGCUACUCGCACCCUAAGCCAAUUGUGUAAAGAUGAAGGAGACAACUUUCCGCUCGGAGGACCAGCCCUGGUGAAAAACUUUUAUGUCGACGACUUUAUAGGAGGUGCCCAAUCCAUCGGCGAAGCAAUCCAUACCAGAACUGAAUUGAAUCAGCUGCUCGCGAAAGGCGGGUUUCAGCUCCGCAAAUGGGCAUCCAACGAUUCACGGGUACUUGAAGGUCUAGAUCCGUCACAAAUUGAAACGAAAGCAUUUCUGAAUCUCGAAACAGAAAAGGCAGUCAAAACUCUAGGCGUGAGAUGGGAGCCCAAACCAGAUAAAUUAAGCUUUGAAAUUGCUUCCAUCGAUCCUACUAGUGCUUCAACAAAAAGGACGAUUCUAUCUGGUGUAUCCAAACAUUUCGACCCUCUUGGAAUCACUGCUCCAGUUGUCAUUCGCGCGAAAAUACUCCUGCAAGAGCUGUGGCUGCAACCAUGUGGAUGGGAUGACGAAGUUCCUGAUCCUGUCAACGAGAAGUGGAUAUCCUACUGUUCCGAUUUGACAAAGCUAUCCUCCUACGCAGUUGACCGAUGCGUUUUUCUUCCAAACUCUACCUACGAGCUUCACACGUUCGCUGAUGCGUCUGAGCAAGCAUACGGCGCUUGCACCUUUGCCAGGUCAAUUUCCUCCAAAGGCCAGAUCCGUGUUCAUCUGAUAGCUGCAAAAUCUAGAGUCGCUCCCCUCAAACGUCUAUCGAUACCAAGGUUGGAAUUAUCAGCUGCCGUGCUCGCCGCCAGAUUACACGCAAAAAUCCUCGAAGCCCUCGAUAUGGCCAUAUCUGCAUCCUAUUUUUGGUCCGAUUCAUCAGUUACCCUCGAGUGGUUACGUUCUCCUCCGCAUGUUUGGAAAACCUUCAUUGCCAACCGAGUAUCCGAAAUUCAAAUCACCACCCACGGAUCGCAGUGGAACCACGUCGCAGGAAUCCAUAAUCCAGCUGACCUGAUAACGAGGGGAAUGAAAGUGGAUGAAUUUCUGAGCAGUGAUCUUUGGCACCACGGUCCAUCUUGGCUUAGUCUGCAUAGGGAAAGCUGGCCAACAACAACCAAUGUGAGCAACCAUUCCGAUGAAGUUUUGGAGCGACGCAUCAUGGUGGCGGCCAUUCAAAAUCGACCAACCGUGAAUGAAAUUUUCUUGCGAACCAAAUCCUACCAACGACUGCUUCGUGUAACGGCCUACUGCCUACGGUUCAUCAAUGUCUGCCGUCAACGAGAAUCAUCAGAUCGACUAGAAGGAUACGGUUCCUUCAACGUGGAGGAAUUGUCGCUGUCUCAUAUGAAGCUAGUAAAGCUGGCCCAAAUCGAUUCGUUCAGUGAAGAAAUUAGGGAAUUGGGUAGAGGGAAGCCAGUAUCGAAACGAUCAAAUUUGCGCCUAUUGAGUCCAUUUCUCGAUUCAGACGGAAUCAUUCGAGUCGGGGGAAGACUAAAUCUCUCAGAGCAGCCCUAUCACACGAAGCAUCCAAUCCUACUUCCCAGUUCCCAUCCUUUCACACGUUCUGUUGCUGUCUUCUACCAUAACAAACUGUUGCAUGGUGGCGGCCGUGUAACAUUAGCUGCAAUGCGGCAAGAAUACUGGCCGAUUCAGGGGAGAAGGUUAUUGAACAGCAUCAUGCGCAAUUGUUUUCGAUGCACGCGAGCAUCUCCAACACCAGCAGCACAACAAACAGGGCAACUACCGCAGCGAAGAAUUACACCAAGCAGACCAUUCACCGUCACCGGCGUCGAUUACGCUGGUCCAGUGUACCUGAAACCACCACAUAAACGGGCAUCGAGUAUCAAGGCAUAUAUAAGCAUUUUUGUGUGCUUUACGACGAAAGCUGUGCAUAUCGAACUGGUUAGUAGCCUCUCCACCGCUGCUUUCAUAGCAGCUCUUCGAAGGUUUAUUUCUCGCCGUGGUCGACCAACCCACAUAUACUCUGACAACGGCAAGAAUUUUGAGGGAGCACGAAAUGAAUUGCGGGAACUAUAUCAAUUAUUGCAACGGGAAAAAGCAUCAGGAGAAAUUUCCACCAUCUGCGCGACCGACGGAAUCCAAUGGCACAUGAUUCCUCCGAAGGCCCCCCACUUUGGCGGCCUAUGGGAGGCGGCAGUGAAAACGGCGAAGAAGCACCUGCACAGACAACUUGGCAACACCGCAUUAUCCUUCGAAGACAUGACUACUAUCCUGUCGCAGAUUGAGGCCUGUAUGAAUUCGAGGCCUCUCACACCGAUGACGGAGAUCCCAGACGAUUUGGCAAUCCUCACUCCAGCACAUUUUCUCAUCGGCUCCGCUAUGUUGGCUCUACCUGAAGCUGACGUUACCGAGAUACCACUCAACCGACUGGAUCACUACCAGAAACUUCAGGAGCGAGUCCAGAAGUUUUGGCAUCUUUGGCGAACGGAUUAUCUGCAUGAGAUGCAGAAAAAAGGAAGGCGAACACCAAAUACUUCUUUUCAACCAGGACGAAUGGUGAUUUUGGUCGACGAGUCUCUAUCACCUGCAAGAUGGCCGCUAGCCAGAAUAACCGAAGCACAUCCAGGCAGAGAUGGACUAAUCCGCGUUGUAACACUUAACACCAGCAAAGGGACCAUCAAGCGACCUGUUACCAAGGUUUGCCUUCUACCUUAUGAAGAUUAUGUACCUGAAAUUAAUGAAAACUGUUAA